CUGGAGGUUACCGGAAGUUGUUUCAGCUGCCAUGUUUGGUUGCUUUGUUGUAGGCUUCUACUAGGUUUCCUACAGAAUCAGUAAGUGUGGAAAUGGAGCCGAGCUGGAGUACGUUUCUCUUCCAACAGGCCAACGAAGCCCUCCACCACCAGCACCAGGUGGCCCAGAAUAGUCUGCUGCCUCUUCUCAAUGCUGGAGCCGAGCAGGUCGACCAGAAGCCUGUCCUCCCCAUCCAGUUAGACCAGAAGCCCCCCGUCAGCGCCGCUGACCUCCUGAAAGACAAUGUGGCCAGCGGAGGAGGCCAGCGGACCCCGGUGCAAGUGAUAAAGAAGGAGCACAAAGGCAAGACGCCGUUCGUCUGCGGUUACUGUAACAAGGCUUUCCGUGACAGCUACCACCUGAGGCGCCAUGAGUCCAGCCACACCGGCAUCAAGAUGGUGUCGCGUCCGAAGAAGACGGCCCAAACCGCCCCCACCAUGGUACCCAUGAUCGCUUCCAUGCCCCGCGAGAACAACGGCAACUCCUACAUCUCCACGGUAGCGGGCAUCCUCUCCACGGCGACCACCUCCGUGUCCUCGGGCGCCAGCAUCAUGACGUCGGCGGCGAUGGGCAACGUGCCGCAGCAGAACGUCCCCAAGAAGCCGGCCAAGCCCGUGAAGAAGAACCACGGCUGCGAGAUGUGCGGCAAGGCCUUCCGCGACGUCUACCACCUCAACCGCCACAAGCUGUCCCACUCGGACGAGAAGCCUUUCGAGUGCCCCAUCUGCCAGCAGCGCUUUAAGAGGAAGGACCGGAUGACCUACCACGUUCGCUCCCAUGACGGGGGCGUGCACAAGCCUUAUGUAUGUUCUGUGUGCGGUAAAGGCUUUUCAAGACCAGACCACUUGAGCUGCCAUGUGAAGCAUGUGCAUUCCUCAGAAAGACCGUUCAAAUGCCAAGUAACGGCCUGUACCUCUGCUUUCGCCACCAAAGACAGACUGCGCUCCCACAUGAUCCGACACGAAGGCAAGGUCACCUGCAGCAUCUGUGGGAAGAUGCUGAGUGCGGCCUACAUCACCAGUCACCUGAAGACUCACGGGCAGAGCAACUUUAACUCCUGCAACAAAGAGGGCAACGAGGUCUGCAACUCCGCCUCAUCCACUCCGUCGACCGUCUCCGCCCCCAUCACCUCGGCGAUGAACCGGGGCAACAGCAACAACCCCGUCACCAUCGCCGCACAAAUGAACAUUAGCACCAACACGGUCAACAUCACCUCUCCGGUCAGCCUCCAGCACCCGGUCACCAUCACUGGUCCCGUCAAUAUUGCCUCCGUGAACAUCCCCGCCUCGGCGUCCAUGAAUAUCGCUCACCCCGUCGCAAUAACCACCCCCAUGCCCAUGAAUAUAGCCGGCCCUCUUAACAUCGCCAUGAGGCCAGUGGACAGCAUGCCCUUUCUGUCCCAAGUCCUGCCUUCCUCCCCACCUUGGUAA